CCUUGACAGACCAUCAAAAGUCAACUACUACGAAGAGCUGUUCAACUAAAUUAUCUCUCGAUACGAAACGAGAAGGAAACCGGAGAGGAAGAAAUGUUCAUUGCCGAACCAAUUUAGAUCUAUAAAAUUCGCUCUAGUUCCUCGCCCCCCAGGAUCGAUUCAAUGCAAAAGAACUCGCCCAGCAUGUGGAUAGCUACGCGCGAAAUGGAAGCGGGAGGAAGCAAUCGGCGCGUGGUGGUUGUCGGUGGUGGUCUCGCCGGCGCGCUGCUCGCCAAACGCUUGCAGUUCGACGCCAACGUCGUCCUCAUUGACUCGAAGGAAUACUACGAGAUCCGAAGGGCGAGUAGCCGAUGCAUGGUGGAGCCAUCCUUCGCCGAUCGGACACUGAUUCCCCACACCGACUACCUCGCAAAUUGUAGAGUCACAUCCUCGCCGGCCAUCGACGUCACCGACACCGAGGUGUUGACGGCGGAGGGCCGCUCGUUCGUAUACGACUACCUCGUCAUUGCCACCGGCCAUGCCGUCGAGCACUGCGCCACUAAGACCAGGAAACAGAGACUCGAGCAAUUCCACCAAGAUAACGAACGAAUAAGAUCAUCAAGCUCGGUGCUCAUCAUCGGCGGCGGCCGAACAGGAGUGGAGCUGGCGGCGGAGAUCGCGGUGGACUUCCCGGGUAAGAAGGUGACCCUGGUCCACGAGAGCUCGAGAUUGUUGCAAGUCCUGGGACCAAACGCUUCACAGAAGGUCCUCAAAUGGCUCAAGUCGAAGGGAGUGGAUGUGGUCUUGGAUCAAUCAAUCGAUGUGGAAUCGAUCGCAGAAGGAGACACGAGUUUCACCACUUCAUCCGGAGCAAGAAUCACAGCCGCUUGCCACUUCAGGUGCGUGGGGAGGCCUAUGGGUUCUUCGUGGCUCAACAAGACCGUGCUCAACGAUAAGCUCGAUAGAUUUGGGAGGCUGGCGGUCGAUGCAAAUCUGAGAGUUCGGGGCACAAAAAACAUCUUCGCAAUCGGAGACAUCACCGAUGCUGCAGGGAGGAGUGGUUCCUUGGCUCAUCAGCACGCAGCAGUAGCGGCCAAGAACUUGAAGUUAUUGCUGAAAGGAGGGAGAGAAGAGAAGCUGGCCAUGUACAAGCCGAGUUAUUCAUCACCGGCAGUCGUUUCCCUGGGGAGAAGACAGGCAGUGGUUCAACUCUCAUUCGCUACGAUCAAAGGCCAUAUUCCAGGCUGGCUGCAAUCUAAGGAUUCGUAUGUUGCUUGGAACAGGAGGCAGAUGGGGCUCGAGUCUGAAACCAACUGAACUAGGAACAGGACUGUCAUGAACACAGGUGCCCUCACUACAACAGGAUCCAAUGAAUUUUAUCUUAUUUGCAGUCGUGUGUGUCUUCCAUUUAAUUUUAUUAUUGCUAUAUACUCGCCCUUUAAUUUUAUCUUGUAAACAUAUUUAAACAAGAUAUAUGGAAUGGAAGGAUCCUCUCAUCA